UAAAGAAAAAAAAAAAAACCCGAGGGACUCGGUCUUUUGCUUCACUGUCACUCUCAGAAAGGUUACCAGACACCGCUCCACUGUUAACGAUCGAGCCAGCUGAAUCAUAAAGGACAUGGUUUCAAACUUGGAAAGUUACGUGGGGGGUUUAAAUUAUCCAUCCACAUCGAAUAAUCCUCGUCAUAGAUCCUUCCUUUCUCUCAACUCUUCUUUUAAGCACCAGAAUUUUGUAGUGCUGACGCUUUCUGUUUACGUUUCGCUUUCUUCUUCUUAUUCUCUCUGUACCAAAAAAAGAAAAAAAUGGUGCUGUUCAAUGUUUCACGAGUGGAGACUGCUCCUUUCGAUGGCCAGAAACCUGGAACUUCUGGCCUUCGCAAGAAGGUGAAGGUGUUCAAGCAACCUAAUUAUCUGGAGAAUUUUGUCCAAUCAACCUUCAAUGCACUUACUCCACAAAAAGUUAGAGGUGCCACACUUGUUGUUUCUGGUGAUGGUCGCUAUUUCUCAAAGGAUGCCAUUCAGAUAAUUAUUAAGAUGGCAGCUGGAAAUGGAGUACGGCGUGUCUGGGUUGGUCAGAACGGACUGCUUUCAACUCCUGCUGUGUCUGCUGUAAUACGUGAAAGAGUUGGGGUAGAUGGAUCCAGAGCAACAGGAGCAUUUAUAUUGACAGCAAGUCACAACCCAGGUGGUCCAAAUGAGGAUUUUGGGAUCAAAUAUAACAUGGAAAAUGGCGGACCUGCUCCUGAGGGAAUAACAGAUAAGAUUUAUGAGAGCACUAAAACAAUAAAUGAGUACUUAACUGCAGAUCUGCCUGAUGUGGAUAUUACAGCAAUUGGUGUAACCAGCUUUGGUGGGCCUGAUGGGCAGUUUGAUGUUGAGGUUUUUGACUCUGCAAGCGAUUAUGUCAAAUUGAUGAAGUCGAUUUUUGACUUUGAGUCCAUCCAGAAGCUCCUUUCCUCUCCAAAAUUCACUUUCUGCUAUGAUGCGCUACAUGGAGUUGCUGGGGCUUAUGCAAAACGCAUUUUUGUGGAGGAGCUUGGAGCACAAGAGAGUUCCUUAAUGAACUGUGUACCCAAGGAGGACUUUGGAGGAGGGCAUCCAGAUCCCAAUCUCACAUAUGCAAAGGAGUUGGUUGCUCGCAUGGGAUUGGGUAAAUCUAAUUCUGAAGUUGAACCGCCAGAAUUUGGUGCUGCUGCUGAUGGUGAUGCAGAUCGCAAUAUGAUCCUUGGGAAAAGGUUCUUUGUUACUCCAUCAGAUUCUGUUUCCAUCAUUGCUGCAAAUGCAGUGGAUGCCAUACCAUAUUUCUCUGCAGGUCUAAAAGGAGUUGCUAGGAGCAUGCCAACUUCUUCUGGCCUUGACAUUGUGGCAAAAAAUCUGAACUUAAAGUUUUUUGAGGUUCCAACUGGAUGGAAAUUUUUUGGUAAUUUGAUGGAUGCUGGUUUAUGUUCAAUCUGUGGGGAAGAGAGUUUUGGAACUGGCUCAGACCACAUACGUGAGAAGGAUGGAAUUUGGGCAGUUCUGGCUUGGCUAUCCAUAUUGGCGUUCAAGAAUAAAGAAAAUCUUGGUGGUGGAGAACUUGUAACAGUUGAAGAUAUAGUUCGCAACCAUUGGGCUACCUAUGGUCGCCAUUACUAUACUCGAUAUGACUAUGAGAAUGUUGAUGCAGGUGCAGCAAAGGAACUAAUGGCAUACUUGGUCAAGCUGCAGUCUUCCCUUGCUGAAGUUAAUGAGAUUGUCAGUGGGAUACGAUCAGAUGUGUCAAAGGUUGUUCAUGCUGACGAGUUUGAAUACAAAGAUCCUAUUGAUGGUUCUAUUUCAAAACACCAGGGUAUUCGAUGCUUGUUUGAGGAUGGCUCAAGACUGGUUUUCCGCCUCUCAGGAACUGGUUCAGAAGGUGCAACCAUCAGGCUCUACAUUGAGCAAUACGAAAAAGAUCCAUCAAAAACUGGAAGAGAUUCUCAAGAUGCACUUGCUCCUCUUGUGGCAGUUGCUCUUGGUCUUUCUAAGAUGCAGGAAUUCACUGGCCGAUCUGCACCAACUGUCAUUACAUAGAUUUUCACUGCUAUGCGCAGCGGUGGGGACUGUUCGCCUUGAACAUGGAAAGUGCUUCAUAAGCCGUGCUUUUAUAUGAUUAAACUUACAAGAAACCCAGUUAUGUAUACCGAAUAUGCCUUAACUUUUUCUGCCUUAGCGAAGGCAAAGUUUUGACGUUCAAAAUAAAUAAGCCAACUCCUCUCAUGUUAUCUUUACAUGUAGUAUGGGGAUAAGUGCGGAAACUGGCUGUCAUUGAUGUGCUGCCCUGCUGUUUUGGAGCUUGUAAGCAUGAAAGAUGCCUGUUGAUGUCUUGACUUGCGGUUUUCAACACGGGUACGAGAUUGUGUUGCGUUCUGAUUU